AUGGAUGCCCAAUAUCCUUUUGCUUCCCGUGACGACAUUUGGCGUGUCUUUGACGAACUGAAAGAGCUACACAUCACCCUGUACGAGCAAAGCGAACGGAUCUCACAGCUAGAGCGUCGUCGUGACGAGGAUGCCCGCUUGAGAAAUCUUUGGGGACCUGUCUCGCCGUUCCCGACCCCGGCUGCACCAAUCACUCCAGGAAGUCCCCCUCUACCUUCCCGGAUCAGCUCUCCACUCACCAAGGCAGCCAAUCCGGAUCCCGUUUUUCAUGCCCCCCCUGACGCUUUUAAGGGAUUCGAUCAGGGUCAUCAUUCGGCGAUGGCCACCUCUGCAGUGGGAUUUGAUGGCGAGGAGGAGCCUAGACGGGGUGCAUCUCGAGCCAACAGCGUCCGUUUUGACGAAAGCGCUAUUCACGGGUACGGCCAAGCCAGCCGUCCCGGCACUGAACUUCCUGUCCGUACUGGUAGUGGAUUGAGCACCCACCCGCUUCUUGAGCGGACAUUCUCUCACCAAUCUGAUGGACGCUUGAGCUCAUCUGGUCAUUCACACCAUUCUGCUCGGACCAAUAGCCUGCGUCUGAUCACCCGGCUGUCAGGUACCACACCAAUUGAGUCUCCCUUGAUUCCUCCUCCUGGCCUCUUUUUGCUGGGACCGGUUCCGUCAAUUGUUCGAUGCUGGUUGACCGACAAUUUUACCAACGGCUCACUUUUGUAUGCAGCCGUCUGUUCGGGCUCUUAUAUCUCAACUUUGAGCCUCUCCAUGGUCCGCAAUGUUGGUAUGGAGAACAUGAUUGUGCAGGAGGACGAUAUCCAGUACAUCAAACUUCCGCUCUAUCUUCCGGAAGCCCUAAUUCAUCCUUCAUCGUCACGCCCUGGAACUCCAACUCACCAAGUCCCUGCUGUGACCAUCCGUUUCGUGGUUCGUGAUACAGAGGUCGGCAGCAAUUCGAUUCAGAUAAUCAUUGGAAGCGACGUGAUGCGCGCUCACAAUGCCGACAUCUUAUUUUCACAAGAUAAGUUGGUCAUGGUAGAUGAUGAGCACAACCGUAUUUCUGUGCCUCUGGUGCGUCCUGAGCAGGAUUCGGUCUUCAAAUCCCUAUGCACUUCUGGUACUCCUGAUUCCGGAGAUUCACUCGAACCUCCUACUAACGGACAAUCGUCCGUUGGAAUCAUUGGACGGCCUUCCAACACUCAGCGGAAGCUGACACCAGCGAUUCCGGUAGCUCCGCGACCCGGCAAGGAGAAUAAAGACCCCGAAAAGCAUGACUUGCCGAAUAACCACACUCAAGAUCAUGGUUCAAUUAGCACGCGUCCAGCCACCACUCAGGCGCCGACUUCUGAAACUGCCACCACUGGCGGAAUCCCCGCUUGGAGCACUUGGCGUCGCGAUUUUAAGAAACCCACUGCAACUACCCCCCAAAAACACGCUGAAAAGCGAGAGAUGAAAGUAUUCCGAAAGUCUGCUAGUCGUGCGAACUCGACUGCUUCGUCCGCCCCUGGUACUGCCAACUCUGAGCAGGCUGACAGAUCGUCUCUGCUAACAAGUUCAACCUAUCAGCCAACCACUCCCUCUGACAAGAAUGGGGCGGCUAACCCUGUUGGCGGUGCAUCGGCGUUUGGAUGGCUCCACUCGGCCGCUUCUCAGAAUGCCUCGUCCUAG